GAUUGUUCGGAAAUUGGUCAGUUUGCGCGUAGCAGUGGCACAACAAACACCAUGAAUCGUUGGCGGUUGAAUUUCGUUACUAUUUUGACAAUUAGUUUGUUACACUUGAGUAACGGUUCAUUGUCUGUGGGUAAACAUUUACCAGAUGAAGAAACGUGUAAUCUGCCGUGUGUUGAUAAAAUUGCUGAUAGUAUUUUUAAACAAGUGUCAGAACGUUACACUGCGUUAGAGCUGAGAAUAAUUGAAAAAGUAGAAUUGCAACUAACGCAUUUGGAACGAAUUAUUCAAGAAAGGUUUACAAGAAUUGAAACCUUUUUGAGCGAGCGAGUUACAACAAAUGUUGAUGUUGUUCAUCAUCAGAGUUAUGAAGAAAGUUACCAUGAAGUUCACAAAAUUGAGCACAAUACAACGCAUCAUGAGGUAGUAAAGGAUCUCGUUGUGGUUUCUGCCGAGAAUGACACUAAAUCAGUACCCGAAUCAAUAGAGUCAUCCACUCCAAAACCCGUGAAAAUUGACGAAAUUCCUAGUUCAACUGGAAGCACUCUCGAGCAUCCUGAUGAUUGCGUUCAUACCGAUAAAGAGUAUCCGGAUUACGAUGAUGAUUAUGCGCAGCAGUUCAUCGAAGCUCGAAUGGGACCAAACGGCAAACGACCAUGUGUAGAAGCUGGCGUAACUAUAAAGCCAUCUACUUUGACUUCUGUGCCCACAGAAGGGUCAACAACAGCUUCUUCGUCAUCAAAUAAAGAUAAUUUUGUAGGUCCUGUAAGUCAAGCGAGCGUUUCGGAAAAUCCCAAUCACCAGAAAGAGUUUGAUAUUCCAGUGGGUGUUGAAAUCGUAGAACUACCGUCCUACAGUCAGACUGUAGAAGUUAUUCCAGAAGUGAUCCCAGAUGAAUCUGAGGCCAAAGAAACGAACACUGAAUCGGUGUUCCAACCAUCAUUUGACAAUGGGGCGAUCAUGACUCCAAAAACAACUACUGAAAGAAUUGCUACGUCAACUAAUGAUGGUCCCAAUCAGGAAAUUGAACAAAUUGUAUUCAUUCCGGAUGUUGAAAAGCCCGAUACCAACAAGUACGGAUACGAACUUGUCAAAACAACUGUUGCUCCUAAAAAGAAGCUUCAACCGUGGAUUAGGACUUCAACUGCCAAAUCCAAGCUCACCUCGCUAACCAGCAGUUCUACGUCAACCACUACCGAAGAUCCCAACACCUACAAAAUACACUUCCCCACGGAAUCCCCGGAACCGGAACCUGCCACAACUCCAAAGCACGGUCCAAUCCCGAAGCCACCCCAGGUAUUCCGUUACGCGCGAAACUACCUCAACGGCACGUGGACCAUAAUCCACAGCCGGUACGACGGAUCGAUCAGCUUCAACCGCAGCUGGGCCGAGUACCGAGCCCAAUUUGGACGACUUCCCGGCGAGUACUGGAUGGGACUGGAAGCGUUGCACCAGCUGACCAAAUCGGGCGAGUACGAACUGCUGGUCCUGCUGAAGGGCUUCGACGGGACCGUGAAGACCGCCAUGUACGACAGCUUCUGGGUGGGUUCGGAAGCCGCCAACUAUCGGCUCGCGCUGGGACCGUUUGUGGGCGGAGAUGCUGGGGACUCGUUUUCCGGUGCCAGUGGGCAGAUGUUCUCGACGUACGAUCGGGACAACGAUCGGUCGCUGUGUGCUUCGUGUGCGGAGGUUUUGCACAGCGGGUGGUGGUUCAAGGAUUGUGCCGAUGCAAACUUAAACGGUCUCUAUGUAUCCUCGAUGGUACAUGGAGAAUGGUCAUAUGGAACUUCAAUGAACUGGUGGGGCUUCGGUCGAGAUUACCAAGGGCUCAAGGAGGCAGCUAUGAUGGUUCGGAAAAGAGGUCGUAAACUAGCGUGAGAAUAAUGCAGUGUCUUAUUACUUGCAAUAAAGCCUCGUUUAACACUCCUA